GAGGAGAGAGGGGAGGAAGAAAAAGAGAAAUAAGGUGGAGGAGAGGAAUAUGAUGGAUGAGAGUUGGAGGCGGUGUUUUAGUGACGAUGAAGAUGAUGACAAAACGACCACGACAGACAACCAUGCCUUCAGUAAUCAUUUAUUUAGUCUACACAUGAUUCUCCCACAUCAGUUAUCUUCCAUCCCCACCAGAGAUCCACCCACACCAGAGAUCCACCCACACCAGAGAACCACCCACACCAGCGAUCCACCCACACCAGAGAUCCACCCACACCAGAGAUCCACCCACACUAGAGAUCCACCCACACCAGAGAUCCACCCACACCAGAGAUCCACCCACACCAGAGAUCCAUCCACACCAGAGAUCCACCCACACCAGAGAUCCACCCACACCAGAAAUCCAUCCACACCAGAGAUCCACCCACACCAGAGAUCCACCCACACCAGAGAUCCACCCACACCAGAGAUCCAUCCACACCAGAGAUCCAUCCACACCAGAGAUCCACCCACACCAGAGAUCCACCCACACCAGAAAUCCAUCCACACCAGAGAUCCACACCCACCAGAGAUCUACCCACACCAGAGAUCCAUCCACACCAGAGAUCCACCCACACCAGAGAACCACCCACACCAGAGAACCACCCACACCAGAGAUCCACCCACACCAGAGAUCCACCCACACCAAAGAUCCACCCACACCAGAGAUCCACCCACACCAGAGAUCCACCCACACCAGAGAUCCACGCACACCAGAGUUCCACCCACACCAGAGAUCCACCCACACCAGAGAUCCACCCACACCAGAGAACCACCCACACCAGAGAUUCACCCACACCAGAGAUCCACCCACACCAGAGAUCCACCCACACCAGAGAUCCACCCACACCAGAGAUCCACCCACACCAGAGUUCCACCCACACCAGAGAUCCACCCACACCAGAGAACCACCCACACCAGAGAUCCACCCACACCAGAGAUCCACCCACACCAGAGAUCCACCCACACGAGAGAUCCCGCCACACCAGAAACAACCCCCCCCCCCUUUCCACCCCCCCCCCACACACACACACACACACACACACACACACCACAUCAGGAUGAAAUUAACGAGUUUCCAAAAAUGCGAACAACUUUAUUAAUAAAAAGCGAAACAAAAUUCACCAUAAAUCAUU